GGGCGGGCGCGGAGCCUCCAAGAUGCCGUUCCACCCGGUGACGGCGGCGUUGAUGUACCGGGGCAUCUACACUGUGCCCAACCUGCUGUCGGAGCAGCGCCCCGUGGACAUCCCUGAAGACGAGCUGGAGGAGAUCCGUGAGGCCUUCAAAGUCUUUGACCGUGACGGCAAUGGCUUCAUCUCCAAGCAGGAGCUAGGCACUGCCAUGCGCUCCCUGGGCUACAUGCCCAACGAGGUGGAGCUGGAGGUUAUCAUCCAGCGGCUGGACAUGGAUGGUGAUGGCCAAGUGGACUUCGAGGAGUUUGUGACCCUCCUGGGACCCAAGCUUUCCACCUCGGGGAUCCCAGAGAAGUUCCACGGCACUGACUUUGACACUGUCUUCUGGAAGUGUGACAUGCAGAAGCUGACCGUGGACGAGCUGAAGCGGCUGCUCUACGACACCUUCUGCGAGCACCUGUCCAUGAAGGACAUUGAGAACAUCAUCAUGACGGAGGAGGAGAGCCACCUGGGCACGGCAGAGGAGUGCCCCGUGGACGUGGAGACCUGCUCCAACCAGCAGAUCCGCCAGACGUGCGUGCGCAAGAGUCUCAUCUGCGCCUUCGCCAUCGCCUUCAUCAUCAGCGUCAUGCUCAUCGCAGCCAACCAGGUGCUGCGCAGCGGCAUGAAAUAGGCACCUGCUGUCCGCGCGUGGUGCACGGGGCUGCUCCACACCCCCCGCCGCCUGCAGUUCUCUCCUUCAGCCAGGCCCCCUGGCCACCACCACGGGUACUUCAGGGCCUAGAUGUCUGGUGACCCCACCCCACCCGCCCCACAGGCCUUGCAUGGAGCUGUGGCCAGGCUGUGGAGGGCCUGGUGGUGGCUCUGAGGACGGCCCCAGCCCACCUGCAGCCUGCCCGUGCGCCACCCUGGCCUGUAUGUAGCACUAGCUCUUCCCGCUGUCCAGGGGCUCCUGGGGAGUCAAGGAGGAACCGGUACAGGGCCAAGCACUGCUGCGGUCCCUGAGACAGGAGGGGGCAGGGCCCUGUGCCCAGGCCACACAGUCGACUCGACCCUGGUCCCUGAGGUUUGCCCAGGGCCAUGGGCUGGGGGGGGGGGGG